GCUUGCUUCAUCGUUCUGUCUUUUGUUGGGUAUUCUGUUCAACUCCUCCGUUGAUUUCCGCCAAUCCCUUUUAACUCUAACGGCGGGUUUCAGAUUCAACUGGUGAAAAGUGUUAACUGUUGCGUUCGAAGAAGUUUAAUUAGAGAGGAUAUUAAUGGAAGAAGGCAACAGAGGAAGCCAGUUCAAGAGGAUCUGCGUGUUCUGCGGAAGCAACUCUGGCAAUAGAGAAGUCUUCAGUGACGCGGCUCUUCAGUUAGGGGAUGAACUGGUUAAGAGAAGGAUAGACCUGGUUUAUGGUGGAGGAAGUGUUGGACUAAUGGGUCUGAUAUCCCAGAAAGUUUAUGAUGGGGGCUGUCAUGUUCUUGGUGUCAUCCCCAAAGCACUGAUGCCUAUUGAGGUGUCCAUUUCUUCCCCUCUUUUGAUUUCAGGUGAAUCGGUGGGAGAAGUAAGAACAGUAUCAGAUAUGCACGAGCGUAAGGCUACAAUGGCCAAAGAAGCGGAUGCUUUUAUUGCUUUACCUGGGGGAUAUGGAACCAUGGAAGAACUGUUGGAGAUGAUUACAUGGUCGCAACUUGGUAUUCAUGAGAAACCGGUUGGACUGCUCAAUGUUGAGGGCUAUUAUGAUAGUUUACUAUCACUAUUUGACAAAGGUGUCCAAGAAGGUUUUAUCAAGCCUGGUGCUCGCAGCAUAGUUGUGUCUGCUCCAACGGCAAGAGAACUUCUGGAAAAGAUGGAGGUAUUUUUUCUGUACACCUUCAAUCCUUGAAUGACUGACUCGUUUACAAUAUGAGUCGACAAGAUGAAAGUGAUGAAUAAGGUUAGGAAAUUUGAUAAUAAGAGGUGCUUUUUUGCGGGAAAGAAACCCCGUAAUGGGGUCUGUUUCAUUUUAGUUGCACUUCAGCAAUAAGUACAUGUACCGUUGUAGGCAGUAUAGCACAGAGUCCCAUGUCAGUAAACAACAAUUCUUUUGUUCUCUUCUGCUCGAAUUCUGUUUUUCCUGAAAACAGCACAAAAUAGAAAACGUAAGUUCUGUAUAUGUUGAUCUCAAAGUUCUGUAUAACUGACAACUCAUAUGACAGUGAUUGCAGUUAAUGCCUUGACUGGCCACGUUGUGCAGUGAGUUUAGGAUUUAUAGUCUUUAUAGCCUUGUUUGGUCUGGGCCAAAUGACUUAAAGAGUAAACAUCUUCGGAAUUGUUUCCCUGCAGCUAUACAUCCCAUCGCAUAAACAUGUAGCUCCUCACAAGAGCUGGGAUAUGGAACAAUUGGGCGAUUAUCCAACAAAUCAGAGCACAUAAUCAAGUGUGGAUCACAGGUCUUCUCUCACCGAUUUUAGCAAAUGAUCAACUAUGUGAUUUUUUGUAACGAAGGAUUGACCCGUCUUUAUUGUUUCUUGCCUGUUUGUGAUGAAAGAAAGGAGAAUAAACUCUCUCGGUCUUAUAUUUUUACGAGACUUAAUUGAGUUAUAGUCAUUUCGACCAUACAAAAGUCCCAAAUGACUCUAUCAAGUUAUUUUCAAAUACCUCCUAUCAAUGAGUCAUUCCCAAAUCACUCAUUAUUUAGUCCAAAUGUUCCAACUAUGUUCUUAC